AGCCUGCCUGUUUAUGAUAUUGGACGCGGCAUUGCAUGCAGUGCAUCUUCUUCAACCUUGAACAUUGUCGUAUCUCGACUUUUCUGGUUGUCGUGCCGUGUGUUUAGGAGAGUACGCAGUGUCAAUUCAGCAUUUGCUACCACUUGACUCUCCAAGAUGGACGCGAAGCCUCAACGUCCUCUUCGAGGUGCAGCCUCGAGCAUCGGGACUGAAAACAUUAUCGCCCCUCGCCCACCGAUCCAUCAGCAGCAUAAAUCUGUCGGAAACCUAAAGUCCAUGGCCCAGACCAGUGGACUGAAUGUGGGCCCCAAGCGAACGGCUUUUGUAGACGUGAGCAAUACUUCACGGGCCCUUGUUGAUAUCGGCCAAAAGAAUCAGGUCAAGGACCGCGUUGCGAUUCUCAACAACCGUGAAGGGCCAAUUGCGGACAAGGAGAACAUACCUUUCUCUGGUGCUAGUGAAGCUUUCCUCCGCCCCGCCCAACGGCCUUCGAACCACACCUCGAAACAAAUUCUCACUACAUCCUCAUUCUCGAACGCCGCCUUCCUCCCGACCAAGUCUUCCGCCACCACCAACAACUCCUCCACCAACAACCCUUCUACCUUUGCCGAGUCGCGCCUGCCCCCUAUCAUCAAGUCUGGUGUUUCCAAGAAGGCCACAGUCAUUUUCAACGACCAGUCUGAUCCAAAGCUAGGUGCCCAACUUGAAGUCGCAGUCUCGGCUCACCAGGUUGUCGACAUGGAUAGCCAGUCGGUUAAGAACCCACGGCAUUACAAGAGCCAGCCACAGCUGAGAAAGGAGCAGCCUGUUGUCCUCCGCCGCACCCAGAGCCGGCACUUUGGCAACUAUGAGGAGCUUGACAACUAUGAUGACAAUGCCACUGAGGCGUCUUACGAAGAUGCCCUGGAAGAUUUGCCAGAACAAGUUGAGCAAUCCCCUCAGACCACCGAGGUUCUUGAGUCUAGCAACACUCCCGAGAGUGAGGACAAGCAUGUGGCCAGCGUUGUGCCUAGUGCUACAGGCUCCGAUGAACUUCUACCUCCCCCUGUUGCCUAUGAGCUAGAAGAAUAUUGGGAUGAGGAUGACGAAGAGUACUUUGAGGAGCAGGGAUACACCACUGCCCAUUCGUAUCGAUCUCACGGCGACAACACCACGGGCGGGGCAACAACUGUGGUAGCACCCAAGGUCACCGCCAAGAUCCAGCAGGAGCUUGAGAUUGCCAAGGUCAUUGUCCAGAACAGCCGCACCGAGGAUGAGAUUGAGGAGGAGGCCUGGGAUGUCAGCAUGGUUGCUGAGUACGGCGAGGAGAUCUUUCAGUACAUGAAAGCCUUGGAGAACACGAUGCUCCCAAAUCCAUACUACAUGGACAUCCAGACUGAAAUCCAAUGGUCGAUGCGGUCCAUCCUUAUGGAAUGGCUUGUCCAGGUCCACCAGCGCUUUGGCCUCCUCCCCGAGACCCUUUUCCUGGCCGUCAACUACAUUGACCGGUUUCUCUCAGUAAAGAUCGUCUCUCUCCACAAACUGCAACUUGUUGGUGCUACAGCCAUCUUUGUGGCGGCCAAGUACGAGGAGAUUAACUGUCCCUCAGUUCAGGAGAUUGUCUUCAUGGUGAACCAGGGCUACACCGUUCAGGAGGUCCUUAAGGCAGAAAGGUUUAUGCUUAGCAUGCUCCAGUUCGAACUUGGCUGGCCUGGCCCAAUGAGCUUCUUGCGACGCAUCAGCAAGGCCGAUGACUAUGACCUUGAGACCCGGACCCUAUCCAAGUACUUCCUGGAGGUCACCAUUGUCGAUGAGCGCUUUGUUGCAAGCCCUCCCAGUUUCCUUGCCGCCGGAGCCCACUGUCUGGCCCGCAUGAUGCUGAGAAAGGGCGAUUGGACCUCAGCCCAUGUGCACUACUCUGGCUACAGUCUGAGCCAGCUCAAGCCCUUGGUAGCCACGAUUUUUGAGUGCUGCCUCACAGCCCGCAAGCACCACGCUGCUGUCUAUGACAAGUACUCCAACCCAAAGUACAAGCGUGCCUCGACGUUUGUGGAGACGGAGAUUAACAAGGGGUUCACCCUGUCCUUCCUGUCAGCCCGCUCUCGGUCUUCCCGGGCCCUGGACGACCAGUCGACCGCUGCACAUUUUGCAGCCUAUGGUGCCCGACUUUCGAUCCCUACCGAGGGCUAAGCAUUGCCUUCUUGUCGACAAACCUACCCCUAGCCAUGUUGGUCCUUACAACUGAUCACCACCUGAUCACCACAUGUUUCGGAACGA